AUGUGCCACUUUAAAUUUGCUAAAGUGAUGAUGGUCCUCUCCAACCUGCUAAUUUUGUCGGGUGGCCUGACCUUACUGGCCAUGGGAAUCUGGGCAAGUGUAGACGGGACAUCCUAUCUUAAGAUCCUGGCACCAUUCUCCAGCCAAGGCAUGCAGCAUGUCAAUGUGCGUUAUUUCUGCAUUGCAAUUGGGACCUUACUGGUACUGCUGGGAUUAUUGGGCUCCUUUGGACUGCAUAAGGAGAGUAAAUGCCUUCUGCUCACAUUCUUCUGCAUCAUCUUCAUCAUUUUUAUUGCUGAAGUAGCAGCUGCAGUCGUGACUCUGGCUUAUUCAUCAUUUGCCGGAGGGAUCCUCAGAGAAUGGGCUAUUUCUGCUUUACAAAGGCAUUACUGUAGUAUGAUCACUACAUUUUGGAACACCACCAUGACAGAGGGAUGUUUUGAAUAUAUCUUGAAGACCCUUAAAGAGCAUGCAAACAUUGUGGGAGGAAUUGCAGGAGGUAUCUGUAUACUGGAGAUGUCUGCAUUGAUAUCGUCAAUGUACUUAUACUGUUGCAUGGACAAUAGAGGAAGCUGA